CAGACUGUGGAGACGGAUAAUUUUAGCAAAAAGUUAGAUUAAAAAUAAGUUGUUGUAAGCGGACUAACUGUCACAUCAAAUCUCCCCAAAGAUCAUAAUGUCUGACCCAGCGGGCAAGCAGAUGCCGACGCUCUCCAAAGCGUUGGAACAGACCGGCGAAUCGAAGCGGUUGCGCGACUACAUCGCGGAGAGACUGGUGCAGAGCGUAUCCCAUGUGGCGAAGUAGCACUUUCGUACUUGUUCAUCUUGUGAUGCGUACUUGCAAAAACGGGGUUAGAUUUCAUGCAGUAGUUCUGCAUGACAAACCGAGUGUCUACGAGGCGUGGGAAACAGCGUGUACUAAGACACUGCGCAGAUAAACACCUUGCACAGCAAUUUGUCAUGCAGUUCUUCCAUGUUGACCGAGUCCUGAAAUAGUACGAUAAGUUUUGCUAUUCGAUAGACGGGCUGGCGGGACGACUUGAAGUCCUAUGCGGUGGAGUACAUCAAGACGAAGGGGUAUGGGAGGGAGGAACAAAAAGCCAUCACUACCACACUGUGUAUGUAAAUUUGCAAUACAGAAGUAUUGCCUGUCAUGCGAAAAUCUGCAUGACGAAUUGAUGUACUGCCAGAGUGGAUCACAACCAGCACGUCGAGUUUGUCAUGCUAAACUUACAAAAAAAAGUUUGUCAUGCUAUGCGUUGUAAGUGCUGCUAGAGUGAUGUGAUGCUUUUUUCCAUUCCAUACCGCUGCGGAAAAAAUCUCCGUUGAGGACAUUGUCGCGGAGAUCGCACUAUCCAAUGCAAAUAUGUUGUCUGGGUUCUUAUCGAAGGUUGCAACUUGUGAUGCCGUCCUGGGAUUCUAAAAAAAUCUGUAUUGCAUGGCAAGCAAGAGGAGGCCAAAAAUUUGCGCUACGCGCAGAGGGCAUUUCUCAUGCGGGAGAGGCACCAUCAUGAAGCCCGCUAAAAAGUUGUGAUGCUAGGCCAUGCAUUACAGGCAUCAUGGGGCAUGCAAAAUAUGCAUGACAUCUUUUCCGCCACACCCGGACAUAUUUGCAAUGCAUACGCACCACGGGGCCGGGCCACCGUGCCGGACUCGCUGAAAGCGGACGUUCUGCAGAAGGUGCGGGAUUUCGCGAAGGCGCAGGGACUGCACUAUGGAUUGUAAAAAUGUCUGGGUCUGGAAACUUGUGAUGCUGGCUGGCGUAUCAUGAAGAGGCCACAAGUGCUGGCCCAGCAUGACAAGCUUUUGAGCUUCUAGCUGUUGCCUAUUCUGCAUGACAAACUGCGUUUCCGCAUGACAGCAAAGUUGGGCUCUUUGGUAACGUGCGUGACAGAUUUAAGAGUCAUGCGAGACAAGCAUGACAAACAUGCACUCUUCCAGACCCAGACAGAUUUGCAUUUGAUAUGCACUAAGCUGUGAUAAAAGAUGAAAACGUCGUUCGUUGCUGAAGAAAUAACCGUGCUUUAUUUUGAACGUCGACACAAAAGCACCGUGACUGUGACGAUGAUUUUUAUCCACCAGCACGACCGGAAAAAUCACUGAGCAGGAUAAAAUGCACCGUUUGUAAAAAUUUCCCCACGUUGUACUAGGAAGAACAAUCAGGAAGAAUGUUGCGAAUUUUAAAGAAGUGUAACCUGCUGUGUUGAGAACGAAAAGAUGAAGAACAGCCAAAACAGCUAGCUGCUGCGAGGAUUUCGCGGUUAUAUGCUUUCUUCGAUUCGUGAAAAGAAGCAAAAUCUUCGUGAGUGUCGUUGUUUGAGAUCAGCUUCUGAGCGAACACGAGAAGAUAGAAGAAGACUUCUGUAUGCCAG